AUGGUGACUAGCUUGGCAGCAACUAACGACAAGACUUCCAUCGCCGAAAUUGAGAUCGCGAAGCAUGACCGGGCCCCUGUUCAUUCUACGGUAGCUCAUUAUGUACCGGCUACCGAGGAAGAAAAAGCCUUAGACAGAAGAGUCAACCUGAAAUUUGACCUCUGCAUUAUUCUAUUUCUCUCUUUAGGAUUCAUUCUUUUGGGCAUUGAUAAGACAAAUAUUGGAUAUGUUGCGACCAGCACAUUUGUCAAAGAUGCGAAUCUGAAGCCUAAUGACAUUUCAAAUUCGUUGUCCUUAUUCUCUGCUACAUAUGUCCCUCUCCAACCUAUAUCAAGCAUAAUAGGUCGCCGAGUGGGAGCGAAAUGGUGGAUUUCAGCUUUGAUGAUUGCCUGGGGAAGCAUCUGUAUUGCACACAUCGCUAUUAGAAGCCCCUCGACCUUUUACGCGCUGCGUCUACUCCUCGGAGUCGCGGAAGCAGGCUUCACACCAACUGCUUAUUAUUACAUGUCAACAUUUUACCCCAAGUUCUCAUUGGGAUUCCGUAUGGGGAUGUUUUCAGGCAUGUAUGCAGUAGCGGGUGCAUUUGCUGGCCUUCUCGCGUACGGCCUUCUUCAUCUGGAGACAUCAUCCCUCCGAGGAUGGCAGAUGCUGUUCCUUGUAGAGGGUGUCAUAACGGUUGCCGUGGCCUUGGUUGCUCUUACAAUAUUACCGACAGAUAUCUCCAAAGCUUGGUUCCUGACGGAAGUCGAGAAAGGACACGCGUUACGUCGAAUGGAGAGAGAUCUCCAGACGGGCUUUGAUUCGGGAAUCGGGAAUGGUGUUGACAGUGAUGGCGACCUAUAUACCGCAAAGGAUGAUCAGCCAAUCACUUUGCGAGAUGUAAAGGACGUUUUCAUGGAUUGGAAGAAGUUGUUGAUCAUUGUGUUCAAUAUUCUCAGUGUGCUGCCUGUUACGGCUUUUACCACUUUUCUACCUCUUGUUGUCCAAGGCAUGGGUUAUGAAGGCAUCGAGGCAACGCUUAUGUCUGUUCCACCAUUCGUUGUGGGAACAGUUGGCUUGAUGGCUAUCGUCUAUUCAUCAGACCAUUUCAAAGAGCGCAGCCUUCAUACUUGCUUUGGCAUGGCACUUGGUCUGAUUGGAUGCGUGGUUAUGGCAACUUCAUCAGAUCCACGACUGAGAUAUGGUUUUGCUCAUGUUUGUCUGUCCGGGGUAUUUGCCGGGGGCCCUUUGAUCGCAGUAUGGCUGGCAGGCAACACACCAGGAAAAGAAGCGAGGGCGAUUAUCCUCGGCCUAAAUGGCUGGUCGAAUAUUGCUGGUGUGAUUGCCGGACAACUGUUCAAGCACUCCUACGCGCCUUCGUAUCACUACCCGUUAAUUGUAACAAUGAUCCUGAUUGCUGUCGGCAUGGUCGGAUUCUGCGGCGUGCGAGGACUCUACAUGUUGGAGAACCGACGUAGGCGCAAGGAAAUUGCGGGCUGGGACGAAGCUCGAUUUGCGAUGGAAGAGUCAAGCACGGAAAGAAGGGGUGACCAACGUCACAUGUGGAUCUACAGCUAUUAG